GACCUUGCAGUGAAGAAACGAUAGAUAGCACCCCCCCCACCUACGUACUUUCCACUUUCAUUUUAAAUGGAUUCCCCCCCUGCGCAUUCCCAAUUCGACGAAGAGCAUUUCUCUCCUGCCCUCCUGCGUGAAGCGCCCCAACAGGGGGUGCCACACAAAUAGCGGUACGUAGUAACUCCACCCCCCAGGCUACGCAGAUGAUUGUCAGUUCAGCUCGAAAGUGAGCGGCAGUUCUGUUAUCCAGCGAAGAUCUGCCCGCGUGUUGCCCAUUUGUUUUCUUUUUUUUAAGCAUGCCCAGGUGCUGCACCAACCGUAUGCGCAGAUCAUCACCCGUGUAGGAAUAUCACCACCAGUGUAGGAAGAUCACCACCACUGCUGUCACACCCCGCGCACGCGCCAAUAUGGCAAUCAAAAAACUCAAAGUGAUCGGCGACAAGGACCUCCAGAAGCUGAAAGGGGAGUCCAAAUGCUGCAUCGUUAUAGACGGCCUGGUGUACGACGUCACUGCGUUUUUGGAGCACCCCGGGGGGUUCGAGGUCCUCAAGGAGCAAGAUGGAAAGGACGCAACGGAGGCCUUCCACCAAGUAGGCCACUCCGCCAACGCGCAGAAGCUGAUGAAGACGUUCCUCAUCGGCAUUCGAAAGAACUCGGCCCUCUACAGGAAAAAGGCAGGCACCAAGACGGUGGAGGGUAAGGCGGAGUUCGUGGACUACUCCGAGGAGGAGAUAAAGGAGGAGACCGAAGCGGACGCAGGUGUGGAUGCCAAUGGGAAGGCUCCUAAGGAAGAGAAGCCCCCAGAGGAAGAAAAAAUCAACUACCCCCUGGUCGCGUCCGCCAUCCUCCUCUUCAGCAUCGCCUAUUAUUUUUUGUUUUUGCAAAGAUAAACAUAAACGUAAACGUAAACACAAACGUAAACUCCUGUCUUCCACCUCCAUCUGGAAAGCCACGCUACUCAACUGUUGUAUGCGUGUGCGGG